AUGGAUUUGACUCGCCCUGGUUCCAUUUCUCGAACGAACGAUAGGAUGGAAGCCGCGGUUGACCGCCCUGUUGUCCCACUUGAUAUUCGCAUGAAGGUCUACCACCCCAUUAAACCAUGGCAAACACGCCUUCUGCGAAUCCAUUCCUCCAAAGACCGAAGCUCGCCGGUGACAUGUGAUCUCUUGACUGUUGAUCUGAUCCCUUUCGCAGGGAUAGGCUUGGUCGACGAAUCCGAAAUUGUCCAGUACGAAGCACUUUCCUAUUCAUGGGGCUAUCCGAAAUUUACACAUGCAAUCAUAUGCAACGGAAUACGCUUUCCCGUCUCAGAGACAUUACAUGAAGCUCUCCGCCACCUACGCAAGCCUGACAAAUUUCGAUACCUAUGGUGCGACGCGUGCUGUAUCGAUCAAGCCAAUAAGAAAGAGAAAGCGAGGCAAGUUGAAAUAAUGUUCACAAUAUUCGAGAAGGCCCGCCACGUCGUGGCGUGGUUGGGCACGCCUACAGUCGAGGACGAAUUCCUUUUCGACUAUAUUUCUCGUACUGAGGGACAACAGCAGCGACCUUCGAAAGACGAUGAUGUGCAAAGAGUCUCAAAUAUGUUCGAAAACAGGUUGAGAAUGUCAAAUAGCGCUGGCGUGAAAGAUGAAGGGAGCGAUUCUGACUUCACGCGGGCAAAAAAUGCCGCUUUGACAUUCAUCACUAAACCCUUUUUCGAGCGGCAGUGGAUUCGGCAAGAAUACGAAGCUGCUGAGGAGCUGUCGUUGGUCUGUGGAAACUGUCAGACAGCCAUCUCUACUUUCCUGCGCGCUCUUCAGACGCUCCUGUCCGAUUACGGCGCGUCAUACGAGGUUGUCCUCAGUGAACCGGAGUUAAUUUCACGAGCUUGGCUUCGUUAUACUUAUUUCAGAAGUCAUUUCCUUUCGGAAUCUCUUAUAAAUACUUCGCAGAAUUGGUUCUCCACUGUCAUGAGGGGCUCUGUCUACGCGGCGACACUACCACAUGACAAAAUCUUCUCGAUACUUGGCAUCGCGGCUCGAUUCCAGAAGGAUAAAACGAAUCUGACUUCCCAUGUUGGAAGAAAGCCAUGGAAUAUCACUCUAGGGUAUCCUGGGAUCGACUAUCACAAGUCUGUGUCCUUGGUCUUUCAGGAUUUCAUCAAGUUUACGAUCAACCUAGAGAAGACAUUAGCUUGCCUCGCUAUCGUACAAGACAGAAGUACCAUAGGCCCGGACCUUCCUUCUUGGGCAAUUGAUUUGCGCGUCGAUGUUCCUCGCUGCCAACUUUUUUCCAGCGGUAUCCGCGGUUGCAAGGCGCAAGACUUUAACAAUCAUGGCACUCUGGUCGUUCUUGGGCAAAAGGUCGGGAGAAUUGGCGUACCGAAGAGUCAAAAGAAGGAUAUAUGUCCAUUUGCAGAUGACUAUCCCCAUCAAGAGGAGCAAAAUAGAGCACUAGUCGAUCAGCCGAGUCUGAAGGAUUGCCUCACACAGAGUGAGUCCGAUCUACGCAUGAUUCCCGAUUCGUUCCCGAAAGUUUCAAGGUUGAUACAGCGGCGUUGCAACUACACGUAUAAAGAGAUUACUAUGGACACGCCGGUGAAUUUUAGCCGGUCUCAAUGGUGCGCUUGGCUUUUCGGCAGGCAAAGGUAUACUUAUGCUCUUGCUUCAAGCUUGGUUGAUGAUGGAGAUUGGCUGGUUCUGCUCCAAGGUUCGAGGUGUUUAUUCGUAUUGAGGCAAAACUCGGAUAACCGAUAUACUUUCUUGGGUCCAGCGAUCUGUUACAUUGGAACAUACUCACCGGGUUGGCCGGAGCAGGAGGUCAAGCCGGAGAUGAAGAAGUCGGGAGACAGUAAGAGAUGGCGUUCCCUUCCAACAUUCACGUACACAUGGUUUUUCAGCUCCCAUAUACCAGCAGACGAUAGUUCUGAUGAAGAAUUUGUUCUCGUCUAG